AUGGAUUGUCUCGUGGACAAUACACCGUUCCAGAUAACUUCAACGACCGAAUCAGUGAACACUUCAAAAAUGUCCAUGACGGAUCUUCAAGUGGAAAAACAGUAUUCAUUCUGUGGACUGUCGUUGCGUUGCGCUACACAGUGCUGUACGUGUGCGCAAGCGCUGAUAUGUCUCGUACUUGGUGUACUCUACGGUUCACUAUUGGAACCAACGGUGAUACUUAACAUACUCGUUGGGAUUCAUUUCGUUUGUGCUGCGCUAGCACUGAUUUUUCUCGGAUUUUGUUUCAUUAAGAGAAAAUUCGGAUCAUUCUAUGAAGUCCUUCUACAUGCGUACCUACUCAGCAUCCUGUUAAUGGGAUUGACCUCUUUGUUUGCUGUCAUGUACCUCCCGUUGGCAUUUCUACAGCAAUCGCAUUCGUUUGGAGAAGGCAUGCAUUAUCUUUUUCUCUUCGUCUUAUCCGGUGGAAUGCUUACACUUCAAUUCAUGCAAAGAAAUCUCGUCGAACAGAUGUUACCAGUGAUGGAACAUUGUUUUGUGUGA